GGAAAACAGAACGGAAUCAAGAGCUCGCCGGAAAACGAUGCUCUGAUACCAUAAAGGAAAUCAGAUUUAGGUAAAGUGUUCUAUUAUCAUUCACGUUUCCAAUCAGUAUAUAUAUAGGCAGCAAACUCACAACUAACUCAAAACAACUCAACUCUAACCCACUCAUAUAUAACAAACGAGACUAACUCAUAGGCUAUAUAUACACUCUAAUAGGCAAUAUUAGAAUAAAUAAAAUCGUAUAUAAAUAAAAAUCGCCAAUAACAAUGGCUAUAUGUGCAGGCUUUUCAGUUUUUCGCCAUUAUAAAUGGCAAUUGGUAAGCUUUAUCAGUUUUCGCCAUUAUAAAUGGCAAUUUCUGCAUGUUUUUGGUCCCUUUUCGCCAUUAAUAAUGGCUAUUUCUGCAGGUUUCCAGCUUUUCGCCAUUGUUAAUGGCAAUUUCUGCAUGAUUCCAGCAGCAACUGCUGUGAUUCCGGCUACCGGCUGCUCUCCACUGUUCGAUCCCUCGGCUGCUUGUGCAGUUUGUAGUAGCGAUAAAAAACGGUGUGAGAUGGCUGAAGGGUUGGAUAUAAUCACCAGACUUCCUCAAGCCAUAAUAGAAACCAUUCUAUGUCUUUUCCCGAUUGAAGAGGCAGCAAGCACGAGUAUCUUCUCAAAGGAAUGGAGGUACAGAUGGACCAAAAUUCCUAAACUUGUGUUUUGUCAGUCUAUUGUUAAAAGAACAAGUGAAAUAAGCAGCUUAAUUGGUGGAAGCAAUUAUCCAGAGGAGAGUAUGCAAGGAUAAAAAAGGACAUGAGGUGUAGACUUUUCUAUGUUAUACACCAAGUUUUGUUGCUGCGACAGGGCCCAAUACAUGAGUUCACCCUUUCAAUGGAUGCACAUGACACCUGUUUCGAUAUUGAUCAGAUUAUACUUCAUUUGUCGAGGAACCAUACUGUCAAGAAUUAACGCUUUACUUUAAUGAACUCAGUUCGUAUGGUUUACCCUUAUCUUUUUUCUCAUCGUUGCAUCACUUAACGGAGUUAGAUCUUGAACAUUGUAUUAUCAACCAGAAACCAAUAUUCAAUGGAUGUGGUAGCCUUACAAG